CCCUCGGAGUGACUGGCGGGGAGAACCAUCCACGGGGAUCUUUCGCUUGUGGUUGUGACUUAAUUUCCUUCUUUCUGUUCGUUCCACUCCUCUUUAAACUCCGGUGGCAAAACGUCCCAAACAAAAAGCCCCAUCUGUUUGCUUUAGCAGAUACUUGGAAACUUACACAUAAGAUAUGGCUGGAAGUCAAAUGAACAUCUAAAAAAGAGCUUUGGUUCUUCAACAACACUUUUUUAAAACAACUUGCGCCACAAUGGCAGUAUACACCACACAUAGUAGAAAUAACAGGGAUAUCCUUGGUAUACCUUCUUCCCAAAAGAGUUCAUCACUGAAUGUCCUCACCCAUAGUAGCAGACGUAAGCUGCAUUUGAAUUCAGAUAUGUCAGAAUGCGAAAAUGAUGAUCCGUUAUUGAGAUCUGCAAGUAAAAUCAGAGACAUAAAUUGUACUUAUGUGAUUUCAGCCUGUAAAAAAACAGGAGAGGUUCCUCUUACUCCUGACCCUGUAGGUAGAUUGGCACUUCAGAGAAGAGUUAUAAGGAACAAAGAAUCAUCUUCACGUGGUAGCCAGUUGGGAGACUCAACCGAAAAAACUGCAGAGACACGUCUUACAUUACAGCGUCGUGCUAAAACAGAAUCUGUGGACAAGUGGAGAACAACUCAAACAGAUUCUGUGGAAAAGGGGAAAACAGCUCAAACAGAUUGUGUGAAAAAGUGGAAAACAGCCCAGAAUGUGGGAAGCCCAACAGAAAAUGAUUGUGCUUCCCUGGAAGCGAGGAGAAAGGUAACAGUUGUAAAUAAUGAUAAAGACUCUUCUGUUGCAUCUUUUGUACCUUUAGCGGAAUGCCCAAAAGACGUUGAAAUGAUGAAUGAUGAAAAACACAAAGAAACAUUUUCUGCCCCUCUUGGGGCAAAUGAACAUGUUGCACUUCAAUACUUAAGUAAUAGAGCACCCACUGAUUCCCAGAGUCAGACUAAAGUUCUUCCAUCCAGACACUUGGCAACAAAACCUCUUCAGAGCAAGUUGAGUAUCAAAGUGUCAGGAACAGGAAACUUACAUCAGCGAAGUACUGGGAAGGAUAUGGCAAAAAAUUCAAAUAAAUUUGAAAGCUUAGAAAAAAGAACACCUACGAAGUACAUCAUAGGACACAAAUGGACACCGAAGUGUGGCACGCCACAGCUCAUGAGCCCAGCUGCAUCGACACCAAAAAAUAGGGUGCCUAGCCUCCAAGUUAAACAAAAGCCAAGAGGUUCUCUUCUAGCGAAUGAAAGGGAAAGGUCACAAGAAAAUACACUCCCUCUUGAAGAGGAAACAGCAGGUCGGAACACUUCUAUAGAAGCAGACCCCCUAAAAGUAGAGAACAGUCAAGUGACAGUGGCAAUACGUGUGAGGCCUUUCAGCAAGAGAGAGAAGGUUGAAAAGGCAUCCCAGGUGGUCUUCAUGAAUGGGGAAGAAAUAGUUGUGGAACAUCCUGACAUGAAACAAGUUUAUAAUUUUAUUUAUGAUCUUACAUUCUGGUCUUUCGAUGAAUGCCAUCCCAACUAUGCUAGCCAGACAACUGUUUAUGAGAUGCUAGCUGUACCCCUCCUAGAACGUGCCUUUGAAGGCUACAAUACCUGUCUGUUCGCUUAUGGUCAGACUGGCUCCGGAAAAUCAUAUACGAUGAUGGGACUUAGUGAAGAACCAGGAAUAAUUCCAAGGUUUUGUGAAGACCUUUUUGCUCAAGUAGCCAAAAAACAAACUCAGGAGGUCAGCUACCACCUUGAAAUGAGCUUUUUUGAAGUGUAUAAUGAAAAAAUUCAUGACCUUCUGGUUUGUAAAGGAGAAAAUGGGCAGAGAAAGCAACCACUGAGAGUAAGGGAGCAUCCUGUCUCUGGGCCGUAUGUCGAAGCUCUGUCAAUGAAUGUUGUCAGUUCUUACUCUGAUAUCCAGAGUUGGCUAGAAUUGGGAAAUAAACAAAGGGCAACUGCUGCUACUGGUAUGAAUGAUAAAAGCUCCCGAUCACAUUCGGUUUUCACCCUGGUAAUGACCCAGACCAAGACGGAAUCUGUGGAAGGGGAAGAACAUGAUCACAGAAUAACGAGUCGGAUAAACCUGAUAGAUCUGGCAGGCAGCGAGCGGUGCUCCACAGCUCAAACUAGUGGAGAUCGACUGAAGGAAGGCGGGAGUAUUAAUAAGUCUUUGCUCGUGCUGGGAAAGGUCAUAUCUGCUCUUUCUGAACAAGCAAACCGAAAGAGAGUUUUUAUUCCUUAUCGUGAAUCUGUUCUUACAUGGCUGUUAAAAGAAAGUCUGGGUGGAAAUUCAAAAACUUCAAUGAUCGCUACUGUCAGUCCCGCUGCCAACAAUAUUGAAGAAACUUUAAGCACACUGAGAUAUGCCAGCCAAGCCCGUAUGAUAGUCAAUAUUGCCAAAGUAAAUGAAGAUAUGAAUGCUAAGUUAAUUAGAGAAUUGAAAGCAGAAAUUGAAAAGCUAAAAGCUGCUCAAAGGAACAGUCGAAAUAUUGACCCUGAACGAUAUAGGCUAUGCCGGCAAGAAAUAACAUCCUUAAGAAUGAAACUGCACCAACAGGAGAGAGACAUAGCAGAAAUGCAAAGAGCAUGGAAAGAAAAAUUUGAACAAGCUGAAAGAAGAAAACUCCAAGAAACAAAGGCGUUACAGAAAGCAGGAAUUACAUUUCAAAUGGACAACCAUUUGCCAAACCUCGUCAAUCUCAAUGAAGAUCCUCAACUAUCGGAGAUGCUGUUAUAUAUGAUAAAAGAAGGAACGACAACAGUGGGAAAGUAUAAACCAAACUCAAGCCAUGACAUUCAAUUAUCUGGGGUGCUAAUUGCUGAUGAUCAUUGUACUAUAAAAAAUUUUGAUGGAAUAGUGAGUAUCAUCCCAGUUGGAGAAGCAAAGACAUAUAUAAAUGGAAAACACAUUUUGGAAUCCACAGUAUUACAUCAUGGUGAUCGGGUGAUUCUUGGUGGAGAUCAUUAUUUUAGAUUUAAUCAUCCAAUAGAAGUCCAGAAAGGAAAAAGACCAUCCGGUAGAGAUACUCUUAUAAACGAGGGUCCAAAAGACUUUGAAUUUGCAAAAAAUGAGUUGCUCAUUGCACAGAGAUCACAACUUGAAGCAGAAAUAAAAGAGGCACAAUUGAAAGCAAAGGAAGAAAUGAUGCAAGGAAUCCAAAUUGCAAAAAAAAUGGCUCAACAAGAGCUUUCUUCUCAAAAAGCUGCAUAUGAAAGCAAAAUAAAAGCAUUGGAAGCAGAACUGAAGGAAGAGGCUCAAAGGAAGAAAAUGCAGGAAAUAAAUAACCAAAAGGCUAAUGACAAAAUUGAGGAAUUAGAAAAGGCAAAACAGCAACUUGAGCAGGAAAUCUAUGUCAACAAAAAGCGAUUAGAAAUGGAGACUUUGGCUGCAAAACAGGCUUUAGAAGAUCAUAGCAUCCGCCAUGCAAGAAUUCUGGAAGCUUUAGAAACUGAGAAGCAAAAAAUUGCUAAAGAAGUACAAAUACUGCAGCAAAAUCAAAGUAAUAGAGAUAAAACUUUUUUAAUUCAGACAAAUUGGAGCUCCUUGAAACUCUCAAUGAUGAUUCAGGAAGCCAAUGCCAUCAGCCACAAAUUUAAAAAAUGUUAUGUUUUUGGCAGACAUGAUGUAUCAGAUAAAGGAAGUAAUUCUGACACUUAUGUUCGGGUUCGUAACCUACAACUAGGGAUCUCAACUUUCUGGAGUCUGGAAAAGUUUGAAUCUAAGCUUGCAGCAAUGAAAGAACUUUAUGAGAGUAAUAAUAAUAACAAGAGUGACGAUGUCUUUUGUGAUCCUGAAGAUGAAUGGGAACCUGACAUUACAAAUGCACCGGUUUCUUCCUUUUCUAGAAGGAGGAGCAGGAGCUUGAUGAAGAAUAGAAGAGUUUCUGGUUGUUUACAUGAUAUACAAGCCCACCCAAUUCAGGAUUUGCAUUCUUCCCAUUCAUCAGGAUUACUGGAGAAAUCGAGCCCUAUUUACUCAAGUUCAGCAGAAUCUUUUCUUCCUGGAAUUUGCAAAGAAUUGAUUGGGUCAUCCUUAAGUUUUCUUGGACAGAGUUAUGAUGAAGAAAAAACCAUGGCAGACAGUCUGAUGGAUAAUUUUCUUAAAAUUUAUCACGGGCUAUUUGCCAUUUCCAAAGCUCAUGAAGAACAAGACGAAGAAAGUCAAGAAAACUUGUUCUCUUCUGAUCCAGCAACCCAGUCACUUACAAUCCAGGUCACAUGUGCUUUUGAGCACCUUGUGGUGCUAAUCAAACACUGGCUGAAUGAAAUUCUGCCUUGUACCAGCGCAGCAAGUCUUGAAGAUGAAUUGAGACAAGAGAUCAAAAAACUAGGAGGCUACUUACAGUUAUUUUUACAGGGAUGUUGUUCAGAUAUCUCAUCAAUGGUAAAAGAGGCUCAAACGAAAAUAAUCCAAAUUGUACAACAAGCUGUAAAGUAUGUGGGACAGUUAGCAGUUCUUCAAGGGAGCAAGCUGCAUUUUCUGGAAAAUAGUAGCAAUAAGGCUGCUAGUGUUCAGGAGGACUUCAUGGAUGCUCUUUGUGAUGGUGUGGGCUUAGGAAUGAAGAUUCUAUUAGAUUCUGGACUAGAAAAAGCAAAAGAACUUCAGCAUGAACUCUUAAGUCAGUGUACCCAAAAUGAGGUUACCAAACAGAUGAAAGGUAAAGCCAUGGGAUUGAUUGGAUGUCUUGAAAACAUGUUUGCUGAGUGGAAAACAAAAAGUUUCAGAACUGAACUACAAGAAAGUCCUGGAUACCAAGAUUUGAAGAAGAUGGUUAAUCUUGCACAGGAAUUCCUGAAGUUAAAACAUUGCUUGGAGCAAACUAUUCAAAUUAUUAUUUCUGCACUGAGAGGAUGCCACACUGACAAAAAUCUUCUCAAGAAUUGCGUUGAAAGUCUUUGCAACUUGGCCAAGGAUUUUCAUGAUGAUUUGAGCAUGUGCUCUACUUCUUUUGACAGCUGUGAGAAGAGACUACCUCAAGUUGGCCAUGGGGGACUAGAAUCUCUAGCCAAGUCACUCCUCUUAUGUUUUGAAUCAGAGGAAAGAGCUGAUUUGUUGAAUCCCUGGGAAACUUGUAACCAAAAUACCAGAGAAGAAGGACAGCAAUCUAAACCAAGCAGGACCGACUCCGUUAGGAAUAAAGGUGUACCAAAGCGUGUCUUUGAACUCCAUGGCUCGUCCCCAGCAGUGACCUCAGAGGACAGCACGCCCAGUAGGAUUCAGUGGGUGUGAAUUCUGAUAUGUAGGCACUUUAUGACCAUCCAUGAAAGAGAGAGAACACUGGGUAGGCAAUUUUCCUUAUGUAGGAGAAUAUAAAAAGCUGGAAGUCAGCAUAAAUGUUUCAAAGAAGUCCACAUCUGUUUGAUGGCCUUCCAUUGGGAAUGGAGAGUAUAAGCAUUAUGGAAUCCUGAUUUCAGCAUGUGCUUUCAGGAGUUUCUUGGCAGAUAAUUUUAAAUAGGCAUUCACCGUAUUGGAACAUGGUGGUAAGAUAAUGAAAUUAGGAGUUCGAA